CUCUCUCUCUCUCUCUGGGAAUGUCUCCUUUUGUCCUUUGCACACAUUGAGUUAUUUUGAGUGUGAAUGUGGCAUUUUAAUUUGUUCUUCGGAUAACUGAGUGGCCGGAGGCCUGCUGAAUGAAUAUGUCAGCACAGUUGUUAUGAAGAUGCGAUACUGAUGUUUUGAAGGACUUGGGUUGAAAUUGUUGUGAUUGGUCAGUUUAGAACGAUUUCAAGUUUCCGCUGAACGGAAUGAUACUAUAUAUAAUAUUUAUAAUACCACUUAAGUCGGUUGCAUAUGUUUCCUUCAGAAAGUUGGUUUGGGAGAUAUUGUGUGGUGGUUUACAUCCGGUCCCGUGUAACAUGGUCACGCCUUCAUGGUAGUGAUCAGAUGCCACACUCCCUUCAACACAUGCUUUCCAAAAAUAGAAGUGUCCACUGUCCACUACUUAACAAUUAUUAAUUAGUUGACACUUAAUUGUUCGCUGAUUAUUCGCCAGAGGCGAAUAAUUGUUUUAGUAUAUACUACACGAGAACGCUCCAAAAAUAAACCGUCACGCAAUAACCCGAGUUUGAGAUGUCAAUCAUGGGAUCUUGCCAAAUAUGAGAUAGCGAACCAAUCAAAUUGCGCCAUCUUAGGAGGUUCACGUGUAGCAUAUACUAACAUUAAAUAUCACAGAUCCUGAAUUUGACCUUGAAUUGGCCAAUCAAGAUAAUAAGUUGCCCAAAUAAACCGUCGAAACAUCUAGGUUUUGAGUAAGUGUGUUGUUGAGUAAGUUCUAUAGCAGAAUGAAUGGACCUCAACAAAUGCUAAUAUGGUGCUGCUCUAUCAUCAACAAAUAUUAGAUAAUGUUCUGGCGUGGGGGCACUAUCAGGCCCUCAACAUAUUUCAAGAUGUGGAGAGAAUGAAGUGCAAUGCCCUUUAAUUGACAGAAAACAUUGCUAGUGAGCAAUGUCAGAUUGGUUUUGCCCGAAUUGGCGACAUGUCUCACGUUUUCAGUGCCCCCUGUAUUUAUCCAUGUUUCAUUGCUUUGUUCAUUCAUCUGUGUAUUGAGAAAAGCUCUUGAUGACUCUUUGUAGUGGAAUGAUGGAACCCAGACCGUACAACACAUUGUUCAGGAGACAAUGUUCUGAAAGGAAUUCAAUAUUAGCUACAAUAUUAUUCUUCAUUGCUUUUGGUUUGGGAGAUACUGUAUGACCUUGUCAGUUAUCUAUUCAUACACUUUCAUGGGCUGUACUAGAUUCAGAGGAAUUCAUGAUCCUGGGAGAAUGUCUUGAUGUGAUUAUUUUCUCUUUUUUUUAAUUUGUUUCUCACGCAAAGUGUAAUUCAGUCAUGGAUAUUGGAGUACAGACCUAUCAUCAAAUCUAGGAUGGAUGAAACCUACAAAUACAAUGAACCUCAUUUCAAUGUUUCAUAUUAUGAUUUGUAAUCUAUUAUAAACUUUACAAUAAUGUUGUACCGUUGGAUAACCCCCCUCUAACAGGUGUCUAGUCUACCAGGGAUCAUAUGUCAAAGAUAGGAGUCCACUGUGAUAAGAGGUUGAGUUAUAUAGUUAUUAAUAAUAGAAAGAAUAUAACAUUAAAUAUGCAUAAUCAGUAGUGACUGAGUGUAGCAGGAGUGGAACAAGUGCUCUGGGGAUGUGGUAUGAUUUUAAACACAACAUUGAACCAGCCCUUGUACCCAGCCAAAGAGACCAAAACUAAAAGGAUCCAAACCAUAUGGCACUACACCAUCAACCAACGUUGGAGGAUAGCAACCGCCUGAAGGCCAAACAGGUUUUCCCCAUCGGCUGAUGACUAUCCCUCAGCUCCGCCCACUCUCUUCCUUCACCCAAACCUCAUCACAGGAGCACCAGCCGAAGGACAGAGGGUCACACCGGAACGAUUGGACACAGACUUGAAUCCUUAUCAUCAUUAUAUUUCCAAUGGACUGCGAAAUAUAUAAGAGAAGGCCUCGUCAACCCUACCAUUAGGAAAGAGCUGACUGCGUCCAAGAAGCUUUACAGCUGUCCUAUUGAGGGCUGCCCCAGAGGCCCUAACAGGCCCUUCUCCCAGUUUUCACUCGUCAAACAACACUUUAUGAAAAUGCAUGCAGAGAAGAAGCACAAAUGUUCCAAAUGCAACAAUGGCUACAGUACGGAGUGGGACCUGAGGAGACACACGGAGGACUGUGGGAAGACCUACCGGUGCACCUGCGGAUGCCCGUAUGCAAGUAGGGCUGCACUGUUGUCUCACAUCUACCGGACGGGACAUGAGCUCCCCACAGAACACAGGAUUCCCCCAGUGAAGAAACGUAAGAUGGAGAAACUGAUAAGCAGUUCUGUUAAGGUGCGGCAAAACGAGUCAACCUGUCAAAAUCUAAGUGCCAACAAGGAACUAUCAGUGGGUUGUUUUUCUGCGGAAACAAAUAGUCAUGCACCAGACACGCCCAAUCCAACCUCAUACCUCCAGAGAAGCCACAAAAAAAUGCUCCUGCCCAAGCCCAAGAUGGCCCUGGUCAAUUUCCCUGUGAUGCAGCUGACUCACCUCCCUGUCCUAGUACCAUCCACAGAGAGUGGUGCUCUGAGGUCCGUCGUGCUUACGAUGGACUGCAAGGGCUCCCUCAGCGCUCUUCAGCUGCUGCCACAAGCAAUGGGGGCUAUGGUGCCCCACCUGGACUCCAAAGCCCUGGGCUUCAAGGAGAGCUUCCUUUCCUCGCGUUCUAGCCUUGGGCCCAUCAGCACUGGGGUGCAGGUGAGUCUAGAGCCUUUGUACUCACAGGAUCCAGCCAGUGGCCUUGGAGGUCUUCAUGGCAGAAGCACAUCCACAAACAUUCAGACGGACAUAUCAUGCCUGUCUAGGAUGCCCUUAGGGGCAGGAGUCGGUGUAGGUAUGGGAGUGUGUGUGGUUGGCGAUCCACCCGUGUCUUCUUGUGCCCAGACAGACAUAAGUGUCAGUGCCGAGGUGCUUCUGCCCGUCAGUGUGGAAACUCAGACGUUCCCCUCCACCAAAGCUAAAUCCACUAUUGCCGCUCAGACAGACGGUCUCUGCCUCAGCCAAAUACCCUGCUCUGGCCUGUUGGUUUCUGCCCCAACCUCCAGGCAGACCCAGACAGGCUGCCCCAGUGCUGUGUCGCAGUCCAGGGACAGGGUUCAGGUCGACCAGGCGGUGAUGUGUUCGGACCUGUUUGCUAGUGACUUUCUGAGCGUCUCCACACAGACUUCUCUAGCCUUGGAACAAUCUGCGGCCGCAGGAGUGGGCAGUCUCUAUGAGGACGUGAAGUCGGCAGGGCCUAUGUGUUUCGGUGUCCAGACCGACGACCUCAACUCCAAUAGUAUGUCGGACAACCAGACCCAGACCAUGACCUUCCUCCACGACCUGGAGAACAUGUUGUCUGACUCGAUGUCGGGCCACCAGGUGCUGGAGGAUAACACUGCAGGCUGUGGGCCAGGCCUGGACUCUGUUCAAGACCAGCACACGGGUAUCGACUUUGACUUUGAAGAGUUCCUUAAUACCGUGCACAUCCAGACCCAAACGGAGGAGAGUGAGCUCAGAGGGCUGGGCAGUGACACACCGCUGGAGUCUCUGGACAUUCAGACCCAGACUGACUUCCUCUUGCUGGAAGAACUGGAACAAAGCACCGGGCACAGUCGAACGCAGGCCACUGACCUCGAACUGGAAAUGUUUGACACGCACACGCAAACUGACCUCAACUUCCUGCUGAGUGCCGGCAACCGCAUGCCGCUUGGCAGCAUCCUGGGACACUCCAGCUUCUCCAUGAGCACAGAGUCGUCUGACACGGAGACCCAGACGGACGUCCCCCCUCCGCCUCUAGGCCUUUCGCCCCAGCUCCCCGUCCCUCACACGGAGCAGGGCCGGUUGCUGAGCAGCACAGAGACCCAGACCAGCACCUGCCAAGUGGACGGCCUCUCGCACCUCUUUCUGACCAGCAACGAAACCCAAACGGUCAUGGAUGACUUCCUGUCGGCGGACCUGGCCUGGAAUAUGGAGUCCCACUUCAGUUCCGUGGAGACCCAGACGUGCGAGAGUCUGUGGGCCCUCUUACGGCACCCGGACAAACCCAACAGUUGAAGGCCUCUCUGUGCUGCUGCUACCCACGAUGAAUGUGUCUGCUCUCAAUUGUCGUCCUGGACUACACGUGGUGUCCUGGUAAGCUGGGAGCAUCUGGAAGGCCUAUGAACAUUCCAUGAAGGGAGACGUGCCCUUGCGUAUUUCCUGUCAUACACCCAGAUAGCUAAGAUGCACUUUAUUAUCUCACUGGGCAUGAUUUAUUGACUCCCUGCCCGUUUACAUAUUUAUUUGCACAUAGGAUAACCUUGUAUGCGAGUCCUGUCUAGAAAACAUGUUUACUUCUAUAGUUUAAAUGUAUAUUUUGAUUUGUAUUAUAGCACUAGUGGAUGCUGUCUUUGUCUGUAUUAGCAGUUUAAUAAUUGUAACACUAUUGUGCAUUAAAUCGAGUCACCAUCUUAACAAAUACUAAAUGAUGGUUCCCCCCCUGCCCACACUCUCCCAAAUCUUUUUGUGAAAGAUGUGUAUAUACAGUUCAUCAUGUAAUCCGUUUGACACUGGCCUCAUUAUUAUCCAUUAUUGGUGGCAAGAUAUGCAUGUCCUUCAGGUAUGUUGUACCUUGGGGCAUUAUCACUGUGAAAACCAUCCUGAAUUAGUUUAAUAAAUAAGAAAUAAAUAGAUCUUCAAUCUCAAGUAUGUAAGGAAUUCACCAGAGCCAUGAAAGUACUCAGUAACCCAAAUCCGUUAAUUAGACGUGGCACAAAUUAUUUAAAUGCUAAGCUCAGUUCUUCUUGAUACAUUGUAAUGAUGCAUUGUAGUUUAAUGCAAGUACUUAGGUUGUUGUGGUCUUAUGAUCCAUAUUUCUGUGGGUCACCGGCUAGACAACCCCCUUGAGGAUAGUUCCAAGACAAGGGUGUCGUCCACCUCGACUUAUUCAUUAGCUGACUAGGUGUAUACAAUAGCAGCAGUUUGUGCUGGAGUUUUAGGCGGUGUUGUGCUGCACUAAAACACUGAGGCUUAGAGUACAGUUUAGCUACUCUCCCUCCAGUCAGAGAGACGUUGUUGUUUUUGCAAACCAUAUUAAAUUUCCUCCAUCUUUAAUUACUGAAUUCCGUCUUUGACCAAUGGGACUCAUGCAUCGUGCAUUGAUUUUUAUUUGUAUAUUUUUUUCGAUGCAAGAUACUGUACAACCUGUUGGUUCCUUUCGUGUGUUAGUCAGUUACCUCAUUUGCACGGACACCUUUUUUUGAGUUAUAGGGGAACAGUUGGAUAUACAGCAAGCCUUGAGUAUUUCUUAAUUUUAUUUCUGUGCCUUAAUCAGAGUAUUUUAUUUUUAUUCUUUUCCAGAUAUACUUUUUGUCUUUGGAGAUGUCACCUAAAAGAAACAAAGGAAUGUAUGUGGCAUUAUGCCCAAAUCUUAACUUGCUUUAUUUUGUAAUGUAUUGAACCCAAGGUUAAGUGCAGUAUUUUGACCUUACUUCAAAUCAUUUAUUGUUCUGUGUAUACUGUUUCUAAAAGGUUAAUGGAUGUAAAUGAAGCAAAGAAGAAAAGCUUGAAGAUGUUGAAUUGUCAUAGUUCGCAGUGGUUAAUACAGUGUUUUAUUUUCCAUAAAAUUCAUCGCAUGAAGAAUUUAUAUAUUCUUCCAAUACAAAUGAUUAUUUUCAUUUUAUUGGUGGCCUUCGGUGUUUGCCUAAAUGUUUAGAGUUCCAGAUUGCAAUGUUGGUUUCUUUGUCCAAGCUGUACUGCUGAUGAUCUCAAUAAACUAAGGGAACAGUGUA